AUGGAGAAGAUUCUCGUCACCGCCUCUGCUACCGCAGCCACUUUCGCCGUUUUCGCGGUUCUCUUCACCGUUCCACAACUCUACAACACCAUCAACGAGGUGCACGAUCAGGUAAACAUUUCCCACAUUUUCAUGGCAAAACGUUAUUCUCUUCUUACAGGUUCUCGAUGGAGUCUCCGUCUUCCGCGCCGAGACCGACUCUGCCUGGACCGAGAUGAUGGACAUCCAAAUCACCGUCACCCCACCAUCGAAGCCACGUGUCAACCCAUUCAACUCGAUCUUCCGCCAGAAGCGUCAGACCUUCUCCGGACUCCCAGCCUGGUGCCAAUGCGAGCCAACUAAGCCAACCUGCCCGCCAGGACCACCAGGACCACCAGGACAGCCAGGACAGCCAGGACUCCCAGGAGGCCCAGGACCAAAGGGAGAGGACAGCACUGUCACCUACGCCCCGAUCACCUGCGCUCCAGUCAGCCAGGACUGCAUCAAGUGCCCAGAAGGACCAGCCGGACCAGAAGGACCAGCUGGAUCUGCUGGACCAGCCGGACCAGACGGACAGCCAGGAGCCCCAGGAAACGCCGGAGCCCCGGGAGCCGACGGACAGCCAGGAGCCCCAGGAGACGAUGGACAGCCAGGAGCCCCAGGACAAGACGGAGCCCCAGGAGCCCCAGGAAAGGACGGACAACGCGGAUCCGGAGCCGCUGGAGCCCCAGGAGCCCCAGGAAACGCUGGACCAGCUGGACCAGCCGGACAAGACGGAGCCCCAGGACAAGACGGACAGCCAGGACCAGCGGGACCAGCCGGACAGGACGGAGCCCCAGGAAACGCCGGAUCCGACGGACAGCCAGGAGCUCCAGGAGGCCCAGGACUCCCAGGAAACGACGCCGCUUACUGCGCGUGCCCACCAAGAUCCGCCGUCUUCGUCUCCCGCCAUUAG